AUGGCUUUUCCUUCUCUCCUCUUCUUCACCGUCCUCCUUCUCUCUUUUUCUUAUUCAAUAUCCACCAAUAUUGAAGGAAAUGCUUUGCAUAGUUUAAGAACAAGACUUUCUGAUCCCAAUAAUGUUCUUCAGAGUUGGGAUCCUACUCUUGUCAGUCCUUGUACUUGGUUCCAUGUAACAUGUGAUUCCAACGACCAUGUUGUUCGUUUGGAUUUGGGCAAUUCUAACAUUUCUGGAAGUUUGGGUUCAGAGCUUGGUGAACUCAAGCAGCUGCAGUAUCUGGAACUUUACCAUAACAACAUAGGAGGAAAAAUCCCCAAGGAGUUGGGGAAGUUGAAAAAUCUUAUUAGCAUGGAUCUAUAUGGCAACAAAUUUGAAGGAAAUAUUCCAAAAUCUUUUGCCAAAUUGAAGUCUCUUAGAUUUUUACGAUUAAACGAUAACAAGCUAACAGGAUCUAUUCCGAGGGAACUAACCACUCUAUCAAACCUCAAAGUAUUUGAUGUUUCCAACAAUGAUCUUUGUGGAACAAUACCGGUAGAUGGCCCUUUUGGUAGUUUUUCUAUGGAAAGUUUCGAGCACAACAGACUUAAUGGACCUGAGCUGAAAGGACUGGUGCCUUAUGACUUCGGAUGUUAA